CCUUAGCAUGCUUAGUUAUAUUAUAAUACUGAUUUUACGGAUUUUAGAUUUUACCGCUUUUACCAAUACAUCGCCGGCGCUCUUUAACACUUGAUUAAAACUCAAAUUAUAUAUACAAAUAAUCAAACCAACCCUCCAAUUCAGAACUUACUCGAUCCCAGUUGUGUUUUUAAAUAUGAGUAAUGUAUUACAUAUAAUAUAACGUAGCUGGAAUUAGUUUUAUUCAUAUGAGAAAAAAAGAGGAUAUAAAAAUAUUGGUACACAUACUCAAGGAUCUCAUUGACCUCAUUGAAUUUUUGUCACGAUAAUAUCGUGAGAAUAUUAGAAGAAAGAAGUAAACAACAAAUAUUAUUAUCAGCAAUUAAUAUAUAGUACCGGAUCAGUGUAUUAUGCUACCAAUUAUAAAAUUUUCUGAUAUUUAUGCGUUACUCGCUAUGCCUGGCAUUAGUGAGCUUUCCGCUCGCUAUGCAAGAGGAGACGACGGUAUCGAAUGGAUCGACGAACUGCCCUGCGGAAUGCAUCUGCCUAUCACCGACCCAGGUGCUUUGCAACACAGGCGGCUUGGUGGAAAUCCCUACCCUUCAAUUACCGCCAACAGUCGAGGAUCUUUCUCUUACCAAGAAUGAUUUUCCAAUAAUAAAAAGUGACGCUUUUUCUGGGCUUCGAGGUUUGCGUAAGCUGAGCUUGGAUGGAAAUAAUAUCUCUUCGAUAAAGCCCUUUGCUUUUCGUGGUCUGAAUAAGAUGCGAGAACUGUCCAUUCAGCACACCCCAUUAGGAUUUAUAGGUCAAUUUUCUUUUGCCGCCCUGCAAAAUGUCACACUUUUAUUUUUAGCUCACAACAAGAUAAAGUAUAUCGAAGGAUAUUCCUUUGCUGGGACUUCCAACAUUAAAUUAAUUCUAUUGAGUAAUAAUCCGCUGCACUCUAUUCAGAGCAACGCGUUUUCUGGCCUGACUAACGUCGAUCAUUUAAUUUUUCCGUCUGGUAUUCGAGUCAUUGAACCCGAUGCGUUCAGCGGAUUGCAACACGUUGGUUUACUCAAAUUAACUUUUAUGGAUUUAUCCAGUUUAAUGCCGUUCACGUUCAGAGGGCUGAGCUUUGUUCAUGUAAUUAACAUUCAGGAGAGUGAUCUUGGCGUCGUAAGGAAAGAUGCAUUCUCUGGGCUGAGUCAUGUAAAUAAUCUCAAUAUUUUGAAAAACAAAAUCGAUGUUAUCGAACAGCUUUAUUUAACAUCUGAUCUCGCUAUCAAUGUAUUGAGAUUCCAUGGUAACCACAUUUUAGAAGCACCUCGAACAGGUGACACUUUGUUGGACAUUAAUACUAUAAGCGCGAUCGACAAUCACUUUCCAUGCGAUUGCCAGAUACACGAUAUUCUGGAAAGUGAUUUUGCCACCAAUUCUACCACUGAAUUCCAGAAACACAAUUAUUGCAUUUCCCCAAUUGAGUACAAUGGUAAGUUAAUGAGCUUCGUUGAUUCAGAAAUCAUUGCAAAAUGCCACGACAAAGUAGUUAAAGGUAAUUUAGAUUCUGGGGCGGAAUUUACAUUAUCAAUAUCGAUACCAUUCCAAAUUACGACGAUACUAGCAUUUACUACAUUUUUAUAGAAAGUGACUUUCUAUGCUUCAGCAAUCCGCUUUUUAAGCUAACGUUAUCAAAGUUCACAUUUUCUAAGAAAAAAAAAAGAAGACUUUAAGUAUAGAAAUAUUGAAAUUUCUUGCAGAUAUGUAUAAGCUAGGAAUUUAUCCAAUGUCCAGAAAGUAAAUGAAAUUAAUUGUGAUAGUAUUGUACCCUUUUAGACAGAGCUGAAAAUCAGUCAAAAUAUUGGCAGUCCACUUGCCAACUAGAUAUAAAUUUUGGCACUGUCCAUUCCUAAGUAAACUUACUAAAGAUAUAAAAUAAGUUAUCUUACAAAUUUGUAACGAUUAUUUAAGACUGGCGAGAACUUAACUAACGAUAAGUGUGAGCUUCAAUAAUUGGUAAUGAUUAAAUAUUUUUAAUACCCAUUUUAAUUCAUUCAUAUUUCUCAAAAGCAUUGCAAUCACAGCGAUCGCUUACAAUUACUCCAUACAGCGAAAUUCGAGAUAUUCCAAAAAAUGUAGUCAAUCGACCAGCA